AUGCUGGGCUAUACGAGUGUGUUGGUGAAAACAAGGCUGGACGUAGAAGUGGGACAGUGUAUUUUACAGUUCAAAGCUGGUGAACAAGGAAGCAAUACAUUGACUAUCACAUCGGCAAAGAAAAUCGACACGGGCACUUACACGUGUGAAGGAAAGAAUGAUGCAGGAGUGGACAUGGAUACAGUUGUUCUUCAAGUGAGAGUUUCACCUGAUGCAUCGACUAACUUGACGGCUAAGGAGAAAACAAAUAUUUCUAUCACUUUGUCAUGGAUAUCUGGAUCUGAGAACUUCAGUCCAAUCAAUGGAUAUGAAGUUAUCUAUAGACAGACCGGAUCUAGUGAUUGGAUGAUUGCUAGAAAUUUUAGUGAUGGAACUACGACAGAACAGCUGGUCGAUGGGUUGAUGCCUUUGACUGAUUAUGACUUUAGAGUGAGAGCCAGGAAUGCUAUUGGAGAAGGCGAAUUCAGUGACAUAGAAAAACUGAUAACACAUCCUAAUGCUCCAUCUCUUGGUCCAACUGAGCUUAGCUAUAGUGAAGUUAAAGCCGUAUCAGCAAAGCUGACUUGGAAAAUUGUCAAUGAAAGUCUUUUAGCCAGCAAUGAAGGCAACAUAACACACUAUGAGAUGGUUUACAGUUAUAAUAAUCAGGAGAAAUCGCAAUAUACAGAUGGAGUUGCCACAUCAGGGACACUGACUGGUUUAUUGAAAGGUGCCAAUUAUAAGGUGGUAGUGUAUGCAAGAAACUCGGGACCAUAUCAAUCACCUCCAUCAAACAAAGUAUCGUUUACAACUGACACAACAGGAGAUUUCACAAUAUUUCAAGAAAAUCAGCAAGAAAAAACGGCUUUUAUUGAAGGACUCAUGCCAAGACAGGAGUACACAGUGAGAGUCACUGCUAGGAAUUUUAACGGUUUUGGUGAUCCUGAUGAAAUUAAGAGAACAACACAGACUGAAGUUGUUACUGUUACUAUCGGCACAACAUCUGAGACAACAAUCCAAGUUGAUUGGCAGAUUGAGUUGCAAGACUUGAAAGUUACAAUUGUGAAUAAUUUUGCUGAACCCGGAAGUGUCGUUACUUUGAAGUGUGAAACUGAUUUUGGCACAUCAAGUCUUGUGGCUUUGACAGCUGUUACUGUUACUAUUGGCACAACAACUGAGACAACAAUCAAAGUUGAUUGGCAGAUUGGUAACGUCCCGGAUGCUGUGACAGAAAUUACUGUACAUUGGGGGACAGACUUGAGUGAAACUUUAGAAAAAGGGAUAGAGACUUACACCAUAAAACAAUUGAAUCCUAAGACUUCGUACACAAUCAGAGUUGUCGUAAGUCUUCUUAGUGGUCAAGAGCGGGAGGCGAUUGAAGAAGUUGAAACAAAAGCACUUACUGCCAUCGUACUUCGUCCACCAGAGACACUUCAUGUUGACAAAGAUGCACCUGGCACUGCUACAUGUGUAACUUCUAGUGGUGCUCCACCACCACGACCAGUUGAGUGGAGGGUUAAUAAUGAAGUUGUAUCAAACACAGGGUUCAUUACAGUGCAAGACAACAUCUUGACUGUGACAUACACAGAAGAGCUAAACAAGGCAAUCAUCGUUUGCAAAGUCAAUGAGUUAACAUCAAAUGAAGUUACAGUCGAUAUUCCUAUUGAAGGCAAGAGUAGUGGCCUCCCGGCUGGUACAAUAGCUGCUAUUGCUGUUGGAGUGAUACUUGGAAUUAGCAUAAUGGUUAUCAUUCUAUUGAUCGUUAUUUUGAGGAGAAAACAGUCUGCUGGAAAUGUUAAAUCAAAGAGUGUAAAGGAGCUGUCUACAGCAGUGGAAGAAAACGAAAGGGAAGCAAUUGAUGAUCCUACAUAUGAGGCAAUACCUGGCACUGGCAUACCAGCGACUCCACUGUAUGAAGACACCGUCAUUCGCACAAGUCCACAUUAUCAAGGAAUAUUGGUUGACAAUGCAGCUUACAAAACAACAGAUGGUGAAAACCGAGGUAAUGGGAAUUAGAAUGUUUAAUGUAUAAUCAUGCAGGCAGGCUGUUGCUAGUGAAGGGCUGUAGUAGUGAUUCUUUCUAUCUAUGGACUGUUCUUUAAUAGUAGCUUGUUGAUAGGGCUUUUAUUGCAUUUUUACUAUGCAUCUGUUGCAAUUGGUGUAUGACAAUCAUUUUAUACAAUGGUAACAUUCCAACAACUAGCUGGAUAUUUGCUUUCUACUCGUGAGUUGUAGGAGUUGCG